GGGCGAGCUGGGAGGCGAGGGAGGCGGCGAUGGAGGCAUGCACGCCUCCCAGCAUCGUAACGAAUGCAUCAGGUCAACCCACGCUGACAUAAAGAUGCAUUCGAAUGCGUUGUGUGCGGUGUAUAUGCAGGUGCGAGGAGGCUGCCUGGCGCCAUCAACACCAGUGAAGCCGUCGACCCGCCGUCCGCGCGCUCCAUCCCAACCCCCAGGCCGCCACAAGAGGAAAUCCCGAUCGCAGAGGUGAGGAGGAAUGUGCCAUAGCCACAGGAUGCCUGCAGGAGGAGUUGGGACGCAUCAUGCAUGCCACAUUGGAUGUGUGGAUUGGCUGCAUUGCAGCCGAUACAGACGGGAUGGCUAUGGAAGAGGAACGUUCGGAGCGGUCGGUGGAAGCGGCGUUGGGUCAUACUCACUGCUGCCGACAUCAUGACCUUCGCCGACCAGGUAGGUCGGGCAUCUCAUCUCAUCUCCACACUCCCACCCAACACACGCACAUGAGUGUGCAUGUUGUGUCGCUGGUAUGUAUCUUCCGUCCCUCCCUGGCUUUGCUUGCUUUGUGUUGCACAGAAUCUGAUAGCACAGACCCGCUCCCUCUCUCUCAAGCCCACCACACAGACGGUAGCGAUCGAAUCGUCGGACCACCAUCAGCAGCUCCUGCCGUCGGAGGUUUUGGGUAGCUAUGUGGCGGCAGGAGGUGGUGGUGAUGAUGAAGGCGAUGGUGGGCUGCCUCGCUGCGAGUUUGUGGUUCAGACGGAUGAUCGCAGUCUGCACCUGGCGGCUGAGAACGAGGAGGAACGGGACUACUGGACCAUCGCCAUUAGCAACGCCGGUCGGUCAGUCGUCACGAUGAUCCACAUGGAUGGAUUGAUGCUAAUGUGUGUUGUCUGUCUGUGUGCUGCGUGUCAGUUGGGAGGAAGUGGAUGGAGGAUAUGCCGCCGACAGGGGCAGCCAAGGAGGGAGGGGAGGGGGAGGGGGGGGCAGAGGAAGAGGGAGAGGGAGAGGGAGAGGCACCAGAGGACCUCCCAACCUCACUGCCCCCCGCACCACCACAACACGGCCAACACGAUCAGCACGACCACUGUUGCCAUCCUCAUCCCCCGUCGCUCACCUGCCCCCCGUCAGCACGACACACACACAAAGACACAGCCGACCCCCAGCAGCAUCAGCAGCACAUGGACGCCCUCCUCUCCCCGCGCACCGGCACCGGCAUCGGCAUCGGCAUCGGCAUCGGCAUCGGCAUGUCCUUCACGCAGCGCCAUGAGGGCCCCCACCCUUACCCUCACCCUCACUCAUUCUCCCCCGCGGAAAGCCCGCAGAGGCCGCCGAAGCCGCACCUCCUGCACCAAAAAAACAACUAUAACACGCCCCACUUCGCAGUGCGGCUGGCGGGCGAUGAAGAAGCUGGUGGAGAGGGUGGGGAUGGUGGCGAGGGGGUGCGUGAGGGAGGGCUUGUUGAUGGGAAGGAGGUCGAUUCGGAGGACUCGUUGCUCAACGACGUUGCCGACCAUGAGAUCGACUCGGCGCUCGUCAUGGCUGCCGAAAGGAGGGGCGAGAGGGAGAGAGACCGGGCGGACAGGUUAGUGAGCAACGGGCAUACACAGGGGGGGCGCCCCCCAUGCGAUGCGUCCAUCCCAUUCCUAUGUGGCAUUAAUGUGUGAGUGUGUGCAGGGAGCGUGAGAGAGCCGAGAGGGCCGAGAGCCGUCUGGCCGAGAUAGAGGAGACCCGCCUGCACAACGAACGGACCGUAGAGACCAUGGCUGGCGAAAUGCGUGUGUUGGCCGAACAAGUGGAUCUCCUGCAGAAGGUGCCCUGUCCACCCCUCCCUCACACACACACACACACACAGACAUGGUUAUGGCAUUGCUUUCAGACGGUUGACGAGCUUGACGCCGUGCGUAGCGAGAGCGUUCGGCGUGAAGAGGCCCUCACGGCUCUGCAGGGGGAGCUGGCGCGGGUCACCGAGGAGAAGGAAAACGUCGAGAGUGCUCUUAGAGGUGAGGGAUGAGAUUGGGUGUGUUGGAUUAUCCAUCCAUCCAUCCAUUUGUUUGUUGUCAGAGCUGGAGGCGUCUUACCGCCAUGAGGUGUCUGGCCGCACCAGGGCCGCGGAGGAGCAACACAACGCACAAAUAGAGCAGCUGGAAGCAUCGCUCCAACAGGUACACACACCACACCCGCCCGUAGUAUCCGAAGUCUGUGUGUCUGUCUGUCUGUCUGUCUGUGUCCAGGAGCGUGAUCGCGUCACAGCUCUGGAAACCGAACGCCACGAGCUGAUCCAGCAACUCGCCAACGACAAGCAAGAGGUACCCCCGCACCCCUCUCUGUGUGUGCGCCAUGUGUCCCAUCUGCCUGUGCAAUGGUGCGAUGCAGUCGGCCUCUCAGCUGUCCUCCCUGCGGGCCUCCCACGCGUCGAUGCUCGCAUCCUUGGAAGAGGCCAAGCAGCUGGCGGCCGUGAGGGAGCGGGAGUGCGAGGAGCUGCGUGGGCAGCUCGAUGAGCUGCAGGAGAGCGCCGAGGCCUACAGGCUCAGACUCGAUGACGUGCAGCCCUUCACACAGCAGGUAGGUAUAAAUGUCAUGUGGUUGGCCAGUCGGUCGGUCGCUAUGGUGUGUGUUGGGGGUGUGGUGUGGUGUGUGGAUGGAUGAAUGCUGUUGGUGUGUGAGUGUGUGUGUGUGUGUGCAGUUGUGUGAAGAGAAGACAUUGCUCGAGCAAGAGCUGCAGGAGGCGCGCGAGCGGUGCCAGCAGCUCGACAGAGAAGCGGACGCCAUCAACGAAAAGGCAAGCCAGCCAGCCAACCACACCCAACACCGCACCCACCCCGUCUGUAUGUGUCUGUGUCUGUCUACCAUAUCUGUCAGAGGGAGGCUGCCGAGCUGCGCUACGAGGAGCUUGCGCGCGAGGCCCGUGAGCGGGAGGAGCAGAGCGGCCUGGAGGUGCAUGAGCUGCAGCAGGCCAUGCAGCAGAUGCAGGAGGAACGGGUCUGCUUAUCAGAGGCCCUUCUCAGACAUCAAAUGCAGGACCGCAUUGCCGGGGUGAGCCGAGCAGCUCGCGUGGCAUGUGUGGCUCGUUGAUGCAUCCGUGUGUGUGCGUGUGUGUGGCCAGGGCGCAUUGAUGCGUGGAGGGCUAGGGAGUGGGGGAGGGUUGUUGGGGGCUCAGGUCUGGCCGACUCCCUCUCCCUCUCUCCCGCAGCAGCUGCAACCAUCCGCCCCGCCGAUAACAGACCAGCUCAUCGACCUGCACGAACGGACGUAGCCAACACACACAACACCGACACACAGCUGUGUGCACACAUACGUGACGUGAAUCGGGUGUGUGGUGUGUUCUCUGGGCACUUUCUCUCUGUCUGCCAGGCUGCUGGCGGCACUGCAGGCCGCCCUACAGGAGACCGAGCAGAUGCGCACUGCCCGCCGCGGUGCAUCGGACCGCCACAGCCCCCCACCGCCCCCAUAUGACGCUCUCUCGCCAUCGAAGGAGAGCCACGCCGUCACCGCCCCAGCACCACAAGCACCACCUGAAGGCCAUCAAGAGCUCAGCGGGGUGGCCUCUCCGGUUAGGGCCCCCUGUGCCGUGGGUGGUGCUUUGGGUGGCUUGGUCAAGUCACUGACGCCCUCCUCGUUCGCGGAUGGCGAGACCCAGAGCGACAUACACGUCUUCCCAUCUUCUCGGCUGAUGGUGCCCGUGGUGCCCAUGCCCCCCACCGCCGUGACCGCCACAACCAACAGCACCAGCACACAGACGGAGAAGGAAGACGCAGCAGAGAAGGAGAGGUGUGUGCCCAGGAGUGUCAAUCCGGAGCCUGAUCGUCGCCCUCCUGCUGCUGGUGUUGCGGCUGGUGUUGUGGCUGGGGCGGCGCCAUCGACCACCGUGCUGACGCAGGUGCCCUCUGGGAGUGAGGAGAUGGAGAUGUCUCUCAGCCCGCAUGACAAUGACGCCUCCACCGGCACAUUCACGCCUCCACCCUCACACCAACACCAGCACCAACAGCAACAGCAGCAAUCGGAUAACACCAAGACGCAGCAAGAGCCACAGAGACAGCCGCAGCCAGCACUGGAGCAGCAGCGGGCGAAUGAGAAGCCAGAAGAGCCGGAGGGUGUGGGUGUGGGUGUGGGUGUGGAGGGGGCGGUGGUGGAUUUCCGCACGCCAGACCGACGUCGCUCGCCGACACACACGGCGACGUUCGGGCAGCCGUCGCCCAUCAAGGGAGGGGGCGAGGAGAGCCCUGCUGGUGCUGGCGGGCUGAUCGCUCUACUCCCACCUCUGAAUAACAAUGGCGUCAUGCCACGUCAGGUAAGGAGAGAAACAUAACAUGGGCGAAAGGACAACAGCCGCUUCCUUAUCUUCGUGUCGUGUGGAGCAGGACCGUCCCUGUGGUCAUAGUCGUGGUGGCGAGGAGGCCUCCCCUUCCCAGCUGUCGGUCCUCACAGCUGAUGCCGACAUCGACCGCUACGCAAAGGACCCCACCGCUCCCCACCAGCCCCCACACCACCACCCAGAGAAGCGGCCACAUGUCACGGCAGCCGUCACCCUCGACCCCUUCGGCGAUGACAACUUCGUCAUGCCCACGGGCCUCAAGAGACACACCAACACCAUGCCCUCUGCCAACAAGCGGCUGUUGGAUGGAGAGGGAGGGGGAGAGGGAGAGGGCAGCCCACCCCCUCCCCCUCCCCCGCCCCCAUCGGAGGCAGGCCUCGGCUCCCCCCGUCCAAGUCCCACAGACAGCCUGGCGAGGACGGCCAGGGGUGUGAUUCCCCAGAAGAUUCCGCAGUAUCAUCACACGUACGGCGGCAGCAGCAGGUUCGGAAGGGGCCGUGGUGGUGGUGGUGUGGCGGAGCUGCCCAAGUCGCCGCAGGAGCUGAUGCGCCAUAGGCGGUGGGCGGGACAGGCCCAUACACAUGGGGUCGGAGUGGGGGCGGGGCUGGGGGUGCCCGGCCAUCCGCACCACCCACACACGCAGCAGCAGCAGCAUAGCUACUAUGGCAUGGCGAGUAGAAGGGGGGGAGGAGGUGAGCAGCAGAGGCGGGGGAUGGGCGUGGGUGUGGGUGUGGUGAGCGAUGACGAGAGGGAGCAGGAGGAUCUCGUGCAGACCGUACAGGUGCGCUGGAGAAGACAUCAUCUUUGUAAUUAAUGCACACACAUUGCAUUCAAUCAGGGUCUGAACGCCAUGUGGCGGUCGGUGCUCGAGUCCCACGCCAAGAAGGGCCAGCAGCACCACUUGCUCAACCCUAUCACGCGCACAUCGCCCCCAAGACGCCACACUGCCACAUCAGGUCAGCCCACCAAUGAGCGUCACACAACACAACACAACACAACACAAAACAAGGAGACCGUCCCCUCCUCUCCUUGUGUGUGCGUGCAGGUGCCGGACGUGUGCACUCGCCAUGGCGGUCAAGCUGUUAUCGGUCCGUUCCAGCGCCCAUGUCGCCCUCUGUUAUGCGCGGCGGCGGCGGUGGGAGUGGGGGUGCGGGCCCGGGAGGGGAAAGACUGUAGGACGGACGACUGCAUACCUGUCUAUGUGUAUGCGCGUGGCGUGGACGUUUGUAAAGGCGUGCUCGUGCGUGUGUGCGUGUGUGGGGA